GUAAACAUACCAGCUUUGAGUGAAAAGCAGCGGCGGUGUUGUCGGAGUGUCUCCUCUCGCAGAUAGACGAUCUGCGCUGGAUGCCCGGGCAGCGAUCUAAUGCCUGCUGUGCUGUCUGACUCUGGGAGGAUGGACGGUGUGUCGUUAGGACACUGCCUCUCAUGUCUUACCAGUCUGGUGGCCACACCGGCCUCAACACGUCCAAACUGCACCACAGAUUCAGAGGAGGACACGGUGAAUGGAGGGAUUCACACGUUUAACCAGACACACAUGAUGAAAGCCUUCCAGCUGAUGAACGAUCUGAGGAGUAAAAAGAUGCUGUGUGACGUCCAGCUGGUGGCGGGCAGCGUUGAAGUGCCAGCUCACAGGGUGGUCUUAUCAUCCUGUAGCCCCUACUUCUGUGCCAUGUUCACAGGUGACAUGAGCGAGAGUAAGGCCCACCAGGUGGAGAUCAGAGAGGUGGACGGCCAGACUCUGAGAAAACUGGUGGACUAUAUUUACACUGCUGAGAUAGAGGUUACAGAGGACAAUGUCCAGGUUCUCCUCCCAGCAGCCAGUCUCCUGCAGCUGAUGGACGUUCGUCAGGUUUGCUGUGAGUUCCUGCAGUCUCAGCUUCAUCCCACCAACUGUCUGGGCAUCAGAGCCUUUGCCGACCUCCACACCUGCACGCAGCUUCUCAGUCAGGCCCAUGCAUACGCUGAGCAGUAUUUCUCUGAGGUGGUGCAGGGUGAGGAGUUCCUGGGCCUGUCUCUGCAGCAAGUGUCCAGCCUGAUAUCCAGUGACCGACUCACCGUGUCCACUGAGGAGAAGGUGUUUGAAGCAAUGAUAUCUUGGAUCAAAUACGAUAAACCAACUCGUCUGGAGUACAUGCCCAAGCUUAUGGAGCACGUCAGACUUCCUCUGCUGUCCAGAGAUUACCUCGUAAAGAUUGUUGAGGAAGAAGCCUUAAUAAAGAACAACAACACCUGCAAAGAUUUUCUGAUUGAAGCAAUGAAGUAUCACCUGCUGCCAGCGGACCAGCGGCACCUCAUCAAGACAGACCGAACACGACCACGGACCCCUGUCAGCAUCCCCAAGGUGAUGAUUGUGGUGGGGGGUCAGGCCCCUAAAGCCAUCCGCAGCGUGGAGUGUUACGACUUCCAGGAAGAUCGGUGGUACCAGGUUGCGGAUCUGCCUUCCAGGCGGUGCCGAGCAGGUGUGGUUUCCAUGGCAGGCCAAGUGUUCGCGGUGGGCGGGUUCAACAGUUCGCUGCGGGAGCGGACCGUAGACGUGUACGACGGAGCCAGGGACCAGUGGAGCGCGGCGUCAAGCAUGCAGGAGAGACGCAGCACGCUGGGAGCUGCGGUGGUGGGGGACCUCCUGUAUGCUGUCGGAGGCUUUAAUGGAAGUAUAGGUCUGUCCACCGUUGAGGUUUACAGUUAUAAAAGCAACGAGUGGAUCUACGUCGCCUCCAUGAACACCCGCCGCAGCAGUGUGGGUGUGGGCGUGGUCGACGGUAAGUUGUAUGCAGUAGGAGGUUAUGAUGGUGCUUCACGCCAGUGUCUCAGCACUGUGGAAGAAUACGACCCAGUCUCUGAUCAGUGGUGCUACGUGGCUGAUAUGAGCACACGGAGAAGUGGAGCAGGUGUGGGUGUCCUGGGCGGCCUGCUCUAUGCAGCAGGAGGACAUGAUGGACCUCUGGUGAGGAAGAGCGUUGAGGUGUACGACCCACUGAGCAACGCGUGGAGGCUGGUCAGCGACAUGAACAUGUGCCGAAGAAACGCAGGUGUUUGUGCCAUAAACGGGCUGCUGUAUGUGAUCGGAGGAGAUGAUGGUUCCUGUAACCUCUCGUCUGUGGAGUUUUAUAAUCCAGUUACUGACAAAUGGAGCCUCAUUCCCACCAACAUGAGCAACGGGCGCAGUUAUGCCGGAGUUGCGGUGAUCGAUAAGCCGUUAUGACCCGGGUCCUCCCACGGCGUCAGUAGAAUCCGAUUCCCAGAAAUCCAAACUGACGUCUGAAGCGAACCAGCGGGACAAUAAUCCCUGAAUAUGACCAGAGCUCAUGAGUCCACACAGAGCCUCCAUGUCUGUUCACACACUGGCUGCUGCUCUGAACCGUUAUGUAAGGACACGGGACCGGGGGUUCAGAAGAACCCGUCUGAGGUUUUCAAACACCAGCAGCUGGAUCAGCUGUCAGGGUGACGUUGCACAGAAAAAACGCACUAAACCGAGACAGUAGGACAGUGGUUCUGUUCAUCUGUGUUCUGUUUUGGACCUUUGUAACUGAUUAGCAGACUUUACGAACUGCCAGGAAAACUGUCUGACGGUAAUAAUCUGGAGCAUUUUGUUCCUGAAAAGAGAAACUUUUAGAGAUUUUCUCAUCCUUCAUGGUGACGAUUUGCUCCGCUUGGCUGUAGAACUCAGAAAGAAUCUGUUUGAUUGGUUCAGCUGUUGGACUCUAUGAAACCAGGUGGUUCUGGUGACAGAUUUGCCUCAGCUGCCAGCAGUAUUAGUCCUCAACCCAAACGCCUGGAUCCCAGAAAGCUGCAAUAUAAAGAUUGUAAAAAGCUUAUGCAAAAAAGUAUAUUUAGUAUUUUUGAAAGAUGAUUUUUUUAAAAUUUAGAAUCAUUUUGGCUUCAGACCAGCUGUUGGGGCUUCGACUCCUGUGAAAACACUACUGAUGUUCUGGUUUUGUGCACUGAACACUAAAUCCAGUUGUCUUUUCCAACACGCCAACAAGCUGCUUCUCCUCCUGGUUUAACGGCCAAUAAAGUUCUGAGGAUGUGUGAGAUGUACCAGACGCAGAGAUCAGGUGUGAGACGUUCAGCUCUGGGUAACGAGCUGAAAUGUCCCUUUUUGGAUGCACUGUAAAAAUCAAAUGUAACGGUAUCAUGUCCAGGUCAGAACGUUUGAUUCUUCUCCAUCCAAGCCGCUCCGCUCCGACCCGUCACAGUCGCAGUCUAGAUCACAUCGCUGUAAUUCAGAUCAUCUGGGUGUGUUUCAGAUGUCGGUGCCACUGCUUUCAGGAGAUAAUGUUUACUAGACUGGAUUUUACUAUAUUUAUAAAAAGCACAAAAGUUUUAAUGCAGCUUUAUUGUUUUAUGUCGUCUGACUGAACAUUUCGACUCAUUCUGGUUGGUUCUGAUGGUGUUGGUAUCACUGUACCUUCCAGAACACUGGCACCGGUCUUCUUCAGGUGGAAAUGUCUGGAAGUAGAGAAGUAAGAGUCCAGCACCACACCUGGUAGAAAGGAGGACCUGAUGACCCGGUUCUCCACUGACCUGCUGAACUGUGACCCUGGGUUGAACAGUUUGAGGUUGAGCAUUAGUGGAAAGACGCUUCAAAUAAAACGGGAAAUAUGCCGUUUACAGCAAUAUCCCAAUAAUUUCCAACUCCACGGAGAUCAGUAACAGUUUGAUGAAUAUUAGUUAAAACCUGGAAAAACUUGUAAAGAUGUUUCAAAUGAAUUUAUGAUAAAACACUAAAUGGACUAUGAAGUAUAUGAUGUGAUUGUUAAAGUGACCAGAUGAACGUUUUUCUCACUGCAGUUGUUAUAUUUUUAAUAUAAAUGAUGAACAUGUAAACAAAUGUUUGAUAUCUGUUUUACAUCCUUCCUCCUCGGUUAGUUUUUAUGACCGUUGCUCCAAAUAAAAAUCAAAGAGUAAAUGAGAAACAGGGUAAUGGAACAAUCACUUAGAAAUGAUCUCAUUUAUUCAAUAUAUCAUGAAAUAUUAUUGUUAAAGCACUGCAAGUACUUCUAAAUAGUACUAAAUAACUGAUUAUUAAAAAAUGUGUAAAAUAUA